ACAGGUCAAAAACAUUUAUCUGAUCAGAUGCCUGCAAUUUUCCAGCUACUGGAGAACAUAACUGUAUUAGAUUUGAACAUUGAGGCAGACCCUGGAGAACUGGUAGUCAAGUCGACUAAGGCAAUCCCUAUCCUAAAAGACCAAGCUGGUGCAGUAUUGAUGGCUGCCACAGAAUAUGGGAAAGGUCGAAUGGUAGUUUUUGGCCACGAGGCCUAUCUAAAAGAGCCUAAUAUUCAGAUGUUUAUAUGCAAUUGUGUGAAAUGGCUGAAAUCGAAUUCAAAUGCUGUAGUGGGUAUUCCUAAAUACUGUGAGAGUGUUGCAAGCAUUCUCACUGCAGCUGGCCACAAGGUGAAAAUAUCAGACAAGUUUGAUAGCAGCAUGGGAGUGUUCUUCGUUAAUGGACAGGAACAAAUCUCACAGCUCCCAGAACUUACUGAAUUUAUCAAGGGAGGUGGGGGAGUCAUGAUUGGAGCCCAGGCUUGGUGCUGGUGCAGUGAAAACCCAGGCAAAGAUCCCUUGGCUCACUUUCCUGCAAACAAACUCACAGGAUUAGCAGAUAUCUAUUUUGGACCAAAUAAAAGACCCCGGGGAUAUUUUACAAUUCAUAUGACAACUUCUGGGGCGCAAGAAAUGGUUAUAAAAACAACUCAACACAUGCCUACAAGCUACAAUCUGUUGGAGAACAUCACUCAUUUGGAUUUGAACUUUAAUGCAGACCCCGGAGAAUUGGUUGUGAAGUCGAGUAAGGCAAUUCCUAUCCUGAAAGACCAGACAGGAGCAGUAUUGAUGGCUGCCACAGAGUAUGGCAAGGGUCGAAUGGUAGUUUUCGGCCACGAGCAAUACCUAAUGGCACCCCAGCUUCACACGCUUGUAUGUAACUGUGUGAGAUGGAUGAAAUCAAAUCCAGAUGCUGUCGUGGGUCUUCCAAAAUUCUAUGAGGGUGUUGCAAGCAUUCUCACUGCCGCUGGCCACAAGGUGAAAAUAUCAGACAAGUUUGAUAGCAGCAUGGGAGUGUUCUUUGUUAAUGGACAGGAACAAAUCUCACAGCUCCCAGAACUUACUGAAUUUAUCAAGGGAGGUGGGGGAGUCAUGAUUGGAGCCCAGGCUUGGUGCUGGUGCAGUGAAAACCCAGGCAAAGAUCCCUUGGCUCACUUUCCUGCAAACAAACUCACAGGAUUAGCAGAUAUCUAUUUUGGACCAAAUAAAAGACCCCGGGGAUAUUAUACAAUUCAUACAACAACAUCUGAGGCGCCAGAAAAGGUUAUAAAAACAACUCAGCACAUGCCUACAAGCUACAAUCUGUUGGAGAACAUCACUCAUUUGGAUUUGAACUUUAACGCAGACCCCGGAGAAUUGGUUGUGAAGUCGACUAAGGCAAUUCCUAUCCUGAAAGACCAGACAGGAGCAGUAUUGAUGGCUGCCACAGAGUAUGGCAAGGGUCGAAUGGUAGUUUUUGGCCAUGAGCAAUACCUAAUGGCACCUCAGCUUCACACGCUUGUGAGUAACUGUGUGAGAUGGAUGAAAUCGAAUCCAGAUGCUGUCGUGGGUCUUCCAAAAUUCUAUGAGGGAGUUGCAAGCAUUCUCACUGCCGCUGGCCACAAGGUGAAAAUAUCAGACAAGUUUGAUAGCAGCAUGGGAGUGUUCUUUGUUAAUGGACAGGAACAAAUCUCACAGCUCCCAGAACUUACUGAAUUUAUCAAGGGAGGUGGGGGAGUCAUGAUUGGAGCCCAGGCUUGGUGCUGGUGCAGUGAAAACCCAGGCAAAGAUCCCUUAGCUCACUUUCCUGCAAACAAACUCACAGGAUUAGCAGAUAUCUAUUUUGGACCAAAUAAAAGACCCCGGGGGUAUUAUACAAUACAUACAACAACAUCUGAGGCGCCAGAAAAGGUUAUAAAAACAACUCAGCACAUGCCUACAAGCUACAAUCUGUUGGAGAACAUCACUCAUUUGGAUUUGAACUUUAAUGCAGACCCCGGAGAAUUGGUUGUGAAGUCGACUAAGGCAAUUCCUAUCCUAAAAGACCAGACAGGAGCAGUAUUGAUGGCUGCCACAGAGUAUGGCAAGGGUCGAAUGGUAGUUUUUGGCCACGAGCAAUACCUAAUGGCACCUCAGCUUCACACGCUUGUGAGUAACUGUGUGAGAUGGAUGAAAUCGAAUCCAGAUGCUGUCGUGGGUCUUCCAAAAUUCUAUGAGGGUGUUGCAAGCAUUCUCACUGCCGCUGGCCACAAGGUGAAAAUAUCAGACAAGUUUGAUAGCAGCAUGGGAGUGUUCUUCGUUAAUGGACAGGAACAAAUCUCACAGCUCCCAGAACUUACUGAAUUUAUCAAGGGAGGCGGGGGAGUCAUGAUUGGAGCCCAGGCUUGGUGCUGGUGCAGUGAAAACCCAGGCAAAGAUCCCUUGGCUCACUUUCCUGCAAACAAACUCACAGGAUUAGCAGAUAUCUAUUUUGGACCAAAUAAAAGACCCCGGGGGUAUUAUACAAUACAUACAACAACUUCUGAGGCGCCAGAAAAGGUUAUAAAAACAACUCAGCACAUGCCUACAAGCUACAAUCUGUUGGAGAACAUCACUCAUUUGGAUUUGAACUUUAACGCAGACCCCGGAGAAUUGGUUGUGAAGUCGACUAAGGCAAUUCCUAUCCUGAAAGACCAGACAGGAGCAGUAUUGAUGGCUGCCACAGAGUAUGGCAAGGGUCGAAUGGUAGUUUUUGGCCACGAGCAAUACCUAAUGGCACCUCAGCUUCACACGCUUGUGAGUAACUGUGUGAGAUGGAUGAAAUCGAAUCCAGAUGCUGUCGUGGGUCUUCCAAAAUUCUAUGAGGGUGUUGCAAGCAUUCUCACUGCCGCUGGCCACAAGGUGAAAAUAUCAGACAAGUUUGAUAGCAGCAUGGGAGUGUUCUUUGUUAAUGGACAGGAACAAAUCUCACAGCUCCCGGAACUUACUGAAUUUAUCAAGGGAGGUGGGGGAGUCAUGAUUGGAGCCCAGGCUUGGUGCUGGUGCAGUGAAAACCCAGGCAAAGAUCCCUUGGCUCACUUUCCUGCAAACAAACUCACAGGAUUAGCAGAUAUCUAUUUUGGACCAAAUAAAAGACCCCGGGGAUAUUAUACAAUUCAUACAACAACAUCUGAGGCGCAAGAAAAGGUUGUAAAAACAACUCAGCACAUGCCUACAAGCUACAAUCUGUUGGAGAACAUCACUCAUUUGGAUUUGAACUUUAAUGCAGACCCCGGAGAAUUGGUUGUGAAGUCGACUAAGGCAAUUCCUAUCCUGAAAGACCAGACAGGAGCAGUAUUGAUGGCUGCCACAGAGUAUGGCAAGGGUCGAAUGGUAGUUUUUGGCCAUGAGCAAUACCUAAUGGCACCUCAGCUUCACACGCUUGUGAGUAACUGUGUGAGAUGGAUGAAAUCGAAUCCAGAUGCUGUCGUGGGUCUUCCAAAAUUCUAUGAGGGUGUUGCAAGCAUUCUCACUGCCGCUGGCCACAAGGUGAAAAUAUCAGACAAGUUUGAUAGCAGCAUGGGAGUGUUCUUUGUUAAUGGACAGGAACAAAUCUCACAGCUCCCAGAACUUACUGAAUUUAUCAAGGGAGGUGGGGGAGUCAUGAUUGGAGCCCAGGCUUGGUGCUGGUGCAGUGAAAACCCAGGCAAAGAUCCCUUGGCUCACUUUCCUGCAAACAAACUCACAGGAUUAGCAGAUAUCUAUUUUGGACCAAAUAAAAGACCCCGGGGGUAUUAUACAAUACAUACAACAACAUCUGAGGCGCACGAAAAGGUUGUAAAAACAACUCAGCACAUGCCUACAAGCUACAAUCUGUUGGAGAACAUCACUCAUUUGGAUUUGAACUUUAAUGCAGACCCCGGAGAAUUGGUUGUGAAGUCGACUAAGGCAAUUCCUAUCCUGAAAGACCAGACAGGAGCAGUAUUGAUGGCUGCCACAGAGUAUGGCAAGGGUCGAAUGGUAGUUUUUGGCCAUGAGCAAUACCUAAUGGCACCUCAGCUUCACACGCUUGUGAGUAACUGUGUGAGAUGGAUGAAAUCGAAUCCAGAUGCUGUCGUGGGUCUUCCAAAAUUCUAUGAGGGUGUUGCAAGCAUUCUCACUGCCGCUGGCCACAAGGUGAAAAUAUCAGACAAGUUUGAUAGCAGCAUGGGAGUGUUCUUUGUUAAUGGACAGGAACAAAUCUCACAGCUCCCAGAACUUACUGAAUUUAUCAAGGGAGGUGGGGGAGUCAUGAUUGGAGCCCAGGCUUGGUGCUGGUGCAGUGAAAACCCAGGCAAAGAUCCCUUGGCUCACUUUCCUGCAAACAAACUCACAGGAUUAGCAGAUAUCUAUUUUGGACCAAAUAAAAGACCCCGGGGGUAUUAUACAAUACAUACAACAACAUCUGAGGCGCCAGAAAAGGUUAUAAAAACAACCCAGCACAUGCCUACAAGCUACAAUCUGUUGGAGAACAUCACUCAUUUGGAUUUGAACUUUAACGCAGACCCCGGAGAAUUGGUUGUGAAGUCGACUAAGGCAAUUCCUAUCCUGAAAGACCAGACAGGAGCAGUAUUGAUGGCUGCCACAGAGUAUGGCAAGGGUCGAAUGGUAGUUUUUGGCCACGAGCAAUACCUAAUGGCACCUCAGCUUCACACGCUUGUAAGUAACUGUGUGAGAUGGAUGAAAUCGAAUCCAGAUGCUGUCGUGGGUCUUCCAAAAUUCUAUGAGGGUGUUGCAAGCAUUCUCACUGCCGCUGGCCACAAGGUGAAAAUAUCAGACAAGUUUGAUAACAGCAUGGGAGUGUUCUUUGUUAAUGGACAGGAACAAAUCUCACAGCUCCCGGAACUUACUGAAUUUAUCAAGGGAGGUGGGGGAGUCAUGAUUGGAGCCCAGGCUUGGUGCUGGUGCAGUGAAAACCCAGGCAAAGAUCCCUUGGCUCACUUUCCUGCAAACAAACUCACAGGAUUAGCAGAUAUCUAUUUUGGACCAAAUAAAAGACCGGGGAUAUUAUACAAUUCAUACAACAACAUCUGAGGCGCCAGAAAAGGUUAUAAAAACAACCCAGCACAUGCCUACAAGCUACAAUCUGUUGGAGAACAUCACUCAUUUGGAUUUGAACUUUAACGCAG